GGAGAGCCUUUCAGGAUGUCUGUGCAGUGCAUGAACCGAGUGAUCUCGUCCCUCCGCCCCGGCAUCUUCCCAUCUGUAGCCCCCUCAUGCGCGAUGGCAUCUCUGGCGUCUGCUCAGUCGGCGGCAGCCAGCCCGCUGGCGGCCCUCACCAAACCCCACCUGAAACGUACGCAGGCUGACAGGCAGACCGACACACGGGGAAAGAAGCAGCUGGGAUGACAUGGGGAGGCCUCAUACGGAUGGAUGGAUGGAUAUCAAUGGUGUGUGUGCUGUCUGUGUGUGUGUUUGUCUGUGCUGCACUCAGUGUACACGAAGACCUACCGGCUGCUGAGUCGGCUGACACGCUGGUUCGAUGAGCAGAGCGCCUACAAGGCCUUCCUCAGUGAGACCUACAGAUACGACCGCGGUCAGCCACAGAUCAUGGGAUGGGCACGGCACACACGAAGCUUGCGUGUUGUGUGUGUGCGAGAGAGAGAUAGAUCGGGGGUCGGGGGUUUGUUGCUUUGGUUGCAGAGUCGAGCAGCGCGUUGUACAAUGCCUUGCUUCAGGAGUACUUGAACAACGCGCACUUCUACCUGCCCAGCCCCUUCAGCAAGGAGCCGUCGCUCACGAGAUUCCUCCAGAGGAAACUCAGGAAACACUCCGACCCAAAUGUCAGUGAGUGAGUCAGGAGGGGCACCUUGCCCCCCCACACAUGGGCGAUGCAAUGCUUGAGUGGGUGCCUUGCUGUGUGGCGUGCAGACUAUACUCGAGCUGCUGGACGCGGCUUUCUGUGCAAUAAGGCACCUCAGCAGGGUGAGUGAGUGAGUAGCCGACCCUUUAUCGACCACCUAGAGAUGCAUGCAGGCAGGACGCCCCCUUCCACCCUCCCUCCCUCCGUCUCUCCGUGUGUGUGUGUGUGUGGUUCAGGUGAGGUCGAGCUGCAUGGACGUGGCUCUCGAGGAGCCUUACGUUUGGGAGAGCGACGAGGAGCGGAAGCGCACCAACAGCGCACUCGUCAUCGACGGCUCGGCCGUGCAAAAGGGUCAGUUAGGGGAGCGGGCAAAGAGAGCCAACAUGGCCAUGUUGGGUACUUGCUUGUUGUCGGUGUCAGGUCUGUUUCUCCUCGCCCACCCUUUGUCGACUGACAUAUGGUCAGCACAUACAUAAGGCAGCAUUAAGACCGACGAACACUGCCGUAGUGUGUGUGUGUAUGUGUGUGUGUGUGUGGCUGGUCUUCAGGAGCCGCAGCGUGAUUCUGAUCCAUAACCGGCACACCAACGGCAGCGUCGAAGGCACGCAACCACACAUACACAACACACUCAGGUUUCGUGUAUGUGUGUAUGUGCGUAUGUGUGUGUGUGUGGCCGCAUUGUGCAGGUGUGAUACUGAAUCGUCGCCCUGGUUCGUCCCGUUCGAUUCGCCGCCAUGUGAGUCAGCACUACAAGGACUUCUUCACUCACAAUGAAGUGAGUGAGUCAGUGAGGAAUCCAGACAGACAGACACCAUACCACCCACACAACCAACACAACCAACACGAUCGACACAGCACACUGACCGGCCCCUUUCCUCUGUGUCAGCGGCACCAGCAGUACUGGUCCCCCCCACCCUCCACCGCCCAGCCAUCCGGCCAGUCGUACAAUCGGCGAGAUUUCUGGUUCGGCGGCCCUGUGGCCGAGAAAGUGCUGUUCCACGACUGCAGACCACUGGGAGAGGAGGUCAGCUGCUUAUGGGGGGAAAGGGGAAAGAAAGGUCAGUCUGUCUCUCUCUGUCGUUGCUUGGCGGUCCGUGCGUGUGUGUGCAGGAGGUGAUUGCCAGUGUGAUGUAUCGCGGCUACAAGCGGCCCUCUGGCGGUGUGGCCAGUGGCGCCAUGCAGAGGCAGCAGCACCAGCCCCCCGCUGCGCAGAACCCCACCACAGCAACACUCGGGCAACACAGGCAAGCCACACCCACUCGCACAGACCCACACACCACCGACCACCGACAAACGAUAAUUGCAUCUUAUGUGCGUGCACUCGAUUUACUGCACUAACUGCAGCAGCCUCUCAACGGCAGCAGCCUACUCGUUCAAGCCCAUAUCGCCCAUUUCCCCCUCCCCCCACCACGUGUCCGUCAUUCACCCCCCCACACACACCACCGCCCAGACGGCCACUGAGUUCCACCAGCCGAUGCCGCAUCGUCCAGCUGGUGGCUCCAUGGCCGGGGUGCAUGAGCAGCCGACUGCGGCAGCCAGCGAGACGGCGGCAGCCAGUGAGAGUCCGGUGGCUAGCAGCGGCAACCGGCCCAAGUUGAAGCCGACACGGGUACUCACCUCGCCCACACAAAUUGAGAGGCAUGUGUGUGUGUGUGUGGGGGUGUGUGUUUGUGUGCGUUUGUGCAGCAAAAGAAGAUGAUCGGCAUUGCGGGGUGGGACCCCGGGCAGCUGGAGCAAGAGCUAGAGUGAGUGAGCUGCAUUGCAUCCACACCCACACCCACGCCCACGCCCACACGACCGACGUGACGUCCACAGUGGAAUGUCUGUCUGUGUUGCUGCUGCUUGCCUUGCCUUGUCUUGCCUUACCUUGCCACACACACACUAAUCAAAUCCAAUCAACACACAGGUGGGGCUACUGGCUUCCACUCCAGUGCAGAGGUGAGCUGAGGUGGGCGAGCAAUACGAGGGAUGACGGCGCACCAAACACCAGUGCAGUGAGUGUGUGUCGUGAAUGUCAGAUGCCGACAUAGCGCGGCGCAUUGUGUGGUGUGGGGACCGAGAUGACACCUGGAAAAGGCUACUCAGGUGCCCUCGACACACACAUCCAUGUGGCUGUGUCGAUGGAUGGAUGGAUGGAUGGAUGGAUGGACGUGUGUGUGUGUCAGUUCGCUGUCGCCCUGCUAUGGUGAGAUGAGCCGCCUUAGCACCAAGGCCGUGCAACAAGUCAUAGAGGCAAGUAACACACACACACACACACACAGAGAGAGAGAGAGAGAGCAGCCAUGCAGCAAAGGCAGGCAGCCAGGCAAUAGGAUGGGAGCUCAUCUCCGUCUCUCUCUGUGUGUGUGUGCAUCUGAUGUGUCCGAUAGGGUUUUGAUGACGGCGAUGAUGACUGACUGACCGGACGGGUGGCCACACAGCCGCGUGUGUGUGGUAGUGUGUGUGUGUUUGAUGUGAUUGGCUAGACAACAUAAUCAAUACGUCUUGUGGUUUGCUACUCGAGGGCGCAAAAAUAAAUGGACAGUCAGUGCCUGCGAGCCAGCCAGCCUCUCAUGGUCUGCGUGGACAAUGCUGAGCUUUGGUUUGGUUUGACUGAACCAAUUCCUGACGAACACAUAAACGUCGAUUUGAC